AUGAGUUGGGUCCCUUUAGCUUGCAAACACCAGCAUCUUCGCCAUUCGCCACUCCAAAACUUUGAAGGAUUUACCUUCGCCGCCUUUUCCGAUGGUCAUUACAAUGGUUUUUCAGCUAGUAUCAAUAUGGAAUCAUUGAUAUGUGACUUGAGGAGAUGUGGUUUCAAAGCGGUGGCAGAACUCAUCACCGUCGCUGACACCAAAGGCCACCCAUUUACCCAUGUGACGACGAUGAUGGCUAGGUUGUCAGAGUUAUUAUGGGAUAAUUUUUUUAAAAAAAAUUAA